GAAGCCAUUUCCAAACCUGCCAACCUCCUCAUUCUUACAGGUUUUGGGGGGUCAAAUGUCCUUCCUUCAGGAGUUCAGCUGCCUCAGAGAAGCUGCAUACAUCAAAACACAAAUGAAGUGGGGCUUCACAACGAGCAGAUAGACUUCCAAAAAGCCAAAGCAAUAUCCCUUGGGACUUUUUCCUCUAUAGGCAGAGCACACAGUUUGUGUCUCGCUCAUACACCAGAUAUGGUGAUGUUCCUUCUCAAAUGCUCGUUCAGCCACAUGUUUGGAAUUGAGUGGCUGCAGAAACCUGCUACUAUUUUGCCCCUUCAAUUGCCCUCAGCUGCAGGAACAGCUCUGGAGUCAGCAGCUCUGAUGUGUCAAACCACUUCCUCCCCACGACGGCACGCACUGCGGCGCUGUGCAUUAAAUUUGAUUUCCUGGAUAAAAGCUACUAAUACUUGAAGAGAGAGCAGCCUUUAAUCUCUCUGCAGAGCCAGUCAGUGAAACAACCAUUUGCUGACCGCAGAGUCCUUGCUAGUCCUUGGUAGUUCUAGGGCUAACCAUGCAGUAGACAGCUUGUAGGGUCAGCCAACACAAACCCAUCGCUUCUCAGAAACUUCACCAUCCUCGGCGUUACGGAGGAAAGAUGUAAACAAGACCCAUGGAGCUCAAGCACCUUUUGAUGUGGCUCUUGCUUGGAUCCAUCAUGGAGACAAGGGCAGAAAAAUGCCCACCUCUUUCAACUACUGAAUUUGCUGACGUGGCUGCUGAAACUUAUCCACUGAAGACCAAACUGCGUUAUGAGUGUGACAACGGCUACAGGAGAAGAAGUGGGAACUCCUUGACAAUUCGGUGCUUGAAUGUAUCAGGGACUGCUGCUUGGGUCCACGAUGAACUUGUGUGUAUUGAUGAGAAAUUUUUGUUCUCAAAGAAUCACACAGCUAAGUUAAAUUCUACACAAGAGCCAGCAAGAGAAACCCAGAGCCCAGCACCUCUGAAGAAAGUAAACAAUUCAAGUUUUUGUGGUAUGCCCAAAACUGUCCUACAUGCCUCUCUAAGCGUAAAACAACAAUAUUCUGUGGGGCAAGUAAUACACUUCACAUGCCCAACUGAGUACAAUGAGCAGCUUCCUAACACUGGCACCAUCACGUGCAUGAAUGUGACUGGAAGAAUCAAGUGGAUGCCCCUUGAUAAGCCCUGUACCAAUGGCAGCAGCCCUAUGAACAAGCAGCUGUCACAUCUUAUUGAGGCAGUCAUUUUUUUCAUUCUGCUUCUCCAUUCUGCUGUCUUUUUGUGAGUCACCGAGCAGAGAUGAUAAACGGGAAGGAACCAGGAAAAUGUGAAACCUAAAAAAAUCCCUGGAAGAGCUCUCAGCCGGAUCUACCACCUCAUUAUUGCACCUCCUGGAUUUCUGAAUACCUUCUCUGGUAUUAAAUAAAUGACCCCGGAUUUUGGGUUGUCUGGUUCAGCUGUUAAAUACUGGCACAAGAAGAGGAGGAAUCAGAGCUUCUGAAAUCAAGACGUGUGCAUAAAACCGCUUUGUCUCAGCCAUUGUGGAACUGAGAGUGACAGUUCAAAUAACGGGUGGAAAAUGAAUCCUGUGAGGAAAUUAAGGUUAAUUAUGCAAAUAUGUCGGUUUCAGAUAGAUUGCGCAAUCAGUCUUUUUCUGUCUGGCUGAUCUGUGGGAAGUCUGAUGGAGCAUCUGCCAUCACCACCAAGUAAUUCUUUGUCCUUCGUCCCCCUGAUUUCUCAGACGUGCCAUGACAACUUUGUACUGCAGACUUAUUUUAGUCUGGCCUCCUCACUGCUUCUCUUACUACACUGAGAUGUAACUUGUUCCUGUUCAGAGGCUCAUCUGCCUACGCAAUCCAAAGUGUCCCUGUUUCACACUUGGAAGUUCUCCUUUUCUCUUCUUCCUCUGCAAAUGCUCAUUCCAGUUUCUCCUUAUGUUCUUUACUAAUUACCAGUGGGCUCUGCCUCUCUGCUGAAUGGGAAUUUUUCUCUACAGGGCGGGAGGAAUUAUAGAAUAGAGUCAUAGAAUCAUAGAAUGGCUUGGGUUGGAAGGGACCUCAAAGAUCAUCUAGAUCUCACUACCCCCCGCCCACGACACAGAAAAGAACUUUGUGAAGCCAUCAGCAGCGUGUUUAGCAGUGCUUUCAGCCAGUAUGUGAUAGGAUAAAGCCAUGGGAACUGUAGAAAAUGCUCUGAAACUUGUUUUAGUGAAGAUGGUCUACUGUGGUGCAGAUUGCUUGGGUCGUUAGGAGGUUUCUGAGAUUAUGAUAUGUGAAAAAUUGUCAAGAAUAAUCUCCCUGACUCUGUAGUGGGACAAGGGCUGAAAUAACCAAUACAGAUGAAGCAGUAACUGAGGUCCUAAGUGGCGUCUUUUGCAGAAAUUACAGACUGAUUGCUCAGGUUGCCCAGAGAUCUCCCAUCUCUAGAGACAUUCAAGGUCAGUCUGGAUGGGGAUCUGAGUGACCCAAUGUAGCUAUAGGUGUCCCUGUUUGCUCCAGGGCAGUUGGACUAGAUGACUUUUAAGAGUCCCUUCCAACCCAAAUGAUUCCAUGAUUCUAUGACUCUAAGAUUCUAUAAUUCUGUCACCUCUCCCAGUAAAUACAGGAGAAACCAUAGAAAACCUGACUCUUCCCUGUAGUAAAGUCUUUCCUACCCAUGGUGAUGACUUCCCAGGGAACUGUGGCAUUGAGAUUUAAGCUAGUGAAACCAACACCAUGCUAUGGAACAACCAGAUUGCACCGGUGACUCCAAGACCGGCAGGACCAAAUAAGCAGGAGGCCUGGAAACUCACAUCCAGUGUGAGAAGGUGGCACAAAAUAUCACAGCCUAAUUCUUAGGACAGCAGGGUGACUUUCCAUCUGCAGAGGAUAGAUGGAGGGAAUGCACUCCAUCACUGAGAUGAGGAAAGAGCCUGAAGCUGCCCCCCCAGAAACACUUCUACAGUAUAGCAAUUAUAGUAUUCUGACAUUACAAUCUCAUGUAAGUGACCAAGUGGACAAAUGGACUGAUCACCCAAGCACAUUAGAUGCUAGUACUGUCCCUACAGAUCACACACCACUUUUUCUACAAAGAUGCUGGAAGCCUGAUUUCACCCAGGCCAUGCUGUGCUGUGCUAUGCUAUGUUAUGCUAUGCUAUUCUAUUCCACUCCUUUCCAUUCCAUUCCAUUCCAUUCCAUUCCAUUCCACUCCAUUCCAUCCCAUUCCAUCCCAUUCCAUUCCAUCAGAGGAAGCACAAGAUUAAUUUGGCAGUUCCAUUUAUACUUGCAGAGCAUCAAAAAGCCUAGUGCAAAGGCAUCUGAGGACAGAUUAAAGCAUGACUUCAGCAUGUGCAAUAUUUGAUAUAUACUUACUUUAUUGGGAAUUUAUGAGGUUUGAAUACACCUCUGCCUCUUCUUCAUUCUGCCUGGUAUGAUAGAGUUCAACUGAGAAAAUACAAACAAAUCUGAGACAAACAAUGGGAAGAAACAAGUCCCUCAGAGGAACAUGUUUAUCUCACCCUAUUACCUAUAUGUGUAUGUAUGCCUAUAGUUACUUAUUUAUGUCAUAUAUAUCUACAUAUACAUAUACCACAUAUAUACACAUACGUAUAUGCAACUGUGCACCUAUAUGUACAUAGCUGUACAUAUAGAUAUACACAUAUAUGCCCAUAUGUAGACCAAAUCCCUCAGUGUUUUAAGGCACUUGUUUCUCUUCACUGACUCUAAAUGAUGCCCAAAUUGACCAGAUUACCUGUAGAUGCUUACAUGUUAUGUCAAGAACCAAACAGGAUUAAUCCCUUCUAAUUCAGUGGGCAUGACAUGUUAGUUUAGUUUUCUAUUUUGUAAUAAAGUGCAUGUCAUUACUUUAAGGAAUUGUAUUCCUGUUGAGUUUUUCUCACUCCAUAGCUUUGAUAUUUAUACUUUUCAUAGCUUUAUUCCUGUUGGAAAAGCACUGAUUUGUAAUAUGUAUCUUUAUAAAUACAUGACGGUCUAUUACACACUGGUAUAUUGUAUGGGAGCAAACAGCAAUCUGUAUUUUUGCAACAGAUGAUAUGUUUUCAAACCUGCCAGCUGCUCUGAAGUGUGCAAGCAGCGAUACUGAGCUCUUCUGCUUCCUUUGUUUAAUGCACAUCAGUUACUGUUAACAUAACCAUAUUAAGCACUGCAAUUAGGUUGGCAUGACUUGUCUCACUCAUGGCAGUUUACUGCAGAAGCUAAUAUUUUACCUGCUUCUAGCACGUACAUUUUUAGCCAGUUACGCAGAUAAUGAGUCAUGUCUCUCAUUGCUCUGAUGACUUAUUCUACUUUCUCUAGCCAGGUUGGUUCAUGGGCUCUCUUUCCAUAUUUUGUCUUUGUUUCUUGGCAAUCAGGGGAGACAUACUGCUGGUAUGGUACCUGUAAGAAAUACAUAUCGGAGAAAUAUUAUAGGAUUCAAUUUUCUUAGCUAUUAAUGUCUACAUAGGGUCAGAACUCAGGUGAUCUCCAGCAUGCAAGCUGUAUAUGUACUUUAUCAGAAAGCCAUAAGUCUCAGACAAGCUGUACUUCACCUCCUGGUAGAGCUUGUUGGCCCUCUGGGGAAAUGCUUGUAUUGGAGGCUCGAUCCUUCAAUGCGACACACAGAGGGUGUGGAAAUCAAUAGGGUGCAUCCACCACUGAAGGAGGCUGUGGCCAAACCAUCACUGUCCUGCUUUCUCCGUAGCCACUCAUUUAUUUUACAUGAGGUGUGAUGUUUGAUACUUUUAUUUGAUAAACUUGAUUUUCUCGGCAUGGAAUGAUCAAUAAACUAUAACAAUACAUUAUUCUGGAUGUUUGAACGCAGCUGGUCCUUCUUGAUUUGUCUACCAACCACCAUGAUUCUCUGAUUUUGCAAUUCCGUGUGAGCUGAACUUUGAAAAAUCCAAGAUUUGUUUUCCAUUACUCUGCUGGCAGCCGUAGCAGACAUAAUGAGGAGGAGGAAUAAUGCAGUGUGAUAAAGGAAGGGAAGGAAGGAUAUUCCUAACUAUGCCAGAGGCUGCAGCAUCGAGAUCUCCUGGUUAUUUGGCCAUGGUUGCUCUCUUGUUUUGUCUUGCCUCUCUGUAUUACUUUGAAUGAAAAGUAUGAAGAAAUCAGGAACAUGAUAUAAACAAGGUUUAUUCUAGAGGUCUGUCUAAAGCUCACAUCAUGGGUGCACUGCUACACCUAACCUUUAAAAUGCAGCAGGAAACUAAAAAGUUCUGCACAGGAGGAUCUCUGACAACAGUAACUCCAAAACAGAUAAUGUGAACAAUGAGUAGAUUUGUACAGCCUAGAGGCAG